AUGGCGGCGGCCGAGACGAAGAUCAUUUACCACCUGGACGAGCAGGAGACACCGUACCUGGUGAAGCUGCCGAUCCCAGCCGAGCGCGUCACCCUCGGCGACUUCAAGGGCCUCCUCAACCGCCCCAACUACAAGUUCUACUUCAAGUCCAUGGACGACGACUUCGGGGUGGUGAAAGAAGAGAUCUCAGAUGACAAUGCCAAGCUUCCCUGCUUCAACGGCCGGGUGGUGUCAUGGCUGGUGUCUGCAGAGGGUUCCCAUUCAGAUGCUGGCUCGGUCUGUGCCGAUAACCAAACAGAGCUGCCACCUUCCAUGGAGCGCACAGGGGGAAUUGGAGACUCCAGACCCCCUUCCUUUCACCCUAACACUGGGGGGAGCCGGGAAAACUUGGACAAUGAGACAGAGACAGACUCAGUGGUAUCAUCGCAGAGGGAACGACCUCGUCGGAAAGAUGGGCCUGAGCAUGCACCCAGGGUGAAUGGUACCGUGAAGGGAGAGCGGCGCCGAGACCUUGGUGGAUACGAGAGCUCCUCCACGCUCAUGAGCAGUGAGCUGGAGACCACCAGCUUCUUCGAUUCAGAUGAAGAUGACUCUACCAGCAGGUUUAGUAGCUCAACAGAGCAAAGCAGUGCCUCCCGUCUCAUGAGAAGGCACAAGCGGCGCCGGCGGAAACAGAAGGCUCCACGCAUUGAGCGGUCAUCGUCCUUCAGCAGCAUCACAGACUCCACCAUGUCCCUGAACAUCAUCACAGUCACGCUGAACAUGGAGAAAUACAACUUCCUGGGCAUUUCUAUUGUGGGACAGAGCAAUGAGCGUGGGGAUGGAGGCAUUUACAUUGGCUCUAUCAUGAAGGGCGGCGCUGUGGCAGCUGAUGGCAGGAUUGAGCCAGGAGACAUGCUCUUGCAGGUAAAUGACAUCAACUUUGAGAACAUGAGCAACGAUGAUGCUGUGCGAGUGCUGAGGGAGAUCGUGCACAAGCCGGGGCCCAUUACCCUGACGGUGGCCAAGUGCUGGGACCCCAGCCCUCGGGGCUGCUUCUCGUUACCCAGGAUUGCUCCCCAGCGGAUAUGGGCUGGGCCUGACUCUCCAUGCUCCGAUCCGGGUGAGCCCAUCCGGCCCAUUGACCCGGCAGCCUGGGUGUCUCACACAGCAGCGAUGACUGGCACCUACCCAGCGUACGGUAUGAGUCCAUCCAUGAGCACAAUCACUUCCACCAGCUCCUCCAUCACCAGCUCCAUCCCAGAGACUGAACGCCUCGAUGACUUUCACCUGUCCAUCCACAGUGACAUGGCCACCAUUGUCAAAGCCAUGGCCUCACCAGAGUCAGGCCUGGAGGUCCGUGACCGUAUGUGGCUGAAGAUCACCAUCCCCAAUGCCUUCAUUGGUUCUGAUGUGGUGGACUGGCUCUAUCACCAUGUGGAGGGCUUCACAGACCGUCGUGAAUCCCGCAAAUACGCCAGCAAUCUGCUGAAGGCUGGCUACAUCCGGCAUACCGUGAACAAGAUCACCUUCUCAGAGCAGUGCUAUUACAUCUUUGGAGACCUCUGUGGAAACAUGGCUAAUCUUUCCCUUCACGAUCAUGAUGGCUCCAGCGGUGCCUCAGAUCAGGACACUUUGGCUCCACUCCCCCACCCAGGAGCUGCACCCUGGCCUAUGGCUUUCCCAUAUCAGUAUCCGCCACCUCAUCCAUACAACCCCCACCCCGGCUUCCCUGACCCUAGCUACAGCUACGGAGGCGGCAGUGCAGGCAGCCAGCACAGUGAAGGGAGCCGGAGCAGCGGUUCCAAUCGCAGUGGCAGUGAGAGAAGGAAGGAGAGAGAGAAGACCGGAGAGUCCAAGUCAGGUGGCAGCGGGAGCGAGUCGGACCACACCACGAGGAGCAGCAUGCGGCGCGAGCGUGCAGCCAGUGAGCGCUCAGUUCCAGCCAGCCAGCACAGCCAGCGCAGCCAGCAUUCCCUGGCUCACAGCAUCCGCAGCCACCACAGCCAGCAGUCAUAUGGGCCACCUGGCCUCCCCCCUCUCUUCAGCCCCCCCAUGUUGCUGAUGCCUCCACCACCGUCAGCCAUGGGCCCCCCCGGGGCACCGCCAGGCCGUGACCUGGCCUCUGUGCCCCCCGAACUGACAGCCAGUAGACAGUCCUUCCGAAUGGCCAUGGGCAACCCCAGUGAGUUCUUUGUGGAUGUAAUGUGA